UUGGAUUGGAUAAAUCAGGCUUCAGAUUAUCAGUUGUUUUGGGAGAACAGCAAAAAAGAUGUCGGACACAUUUGAUGUUCCACGUGUGCGCUCUGACAGUACGUCCACCACGACGUCUACUUCAUCGCUGGUGAUUCUCCGCCAGAGGCUCGCUCAGUUGCUCGUCUGCUUGGAGGAUCUCAGCUCAGAUGAUGAGGCAAAUGAGGAAGUGUCCCAUACGCUAGACAAAGCCUUUUACCUCUGUGGAAAAUACACCAACAGAGAGUCCUUCAGGCUGCACGUGGUCACAUGGAAUGUUGGCACAGCGGAGCCACCAGCCGAUGUGAGGUCAUUACUGCAGCUUUACUCGCAGCCGGCCACUGACCUCUUUGUGAUUGGUCUACAGGAAGUGAAUGCCACUCCAGUGCGGUAUAUCUCUGAUCUCAUUUCUGAGGACUCAUGGAGUCACCUUCUCAUGGAUACUCUGGCACCAAUGGGAUAUAUCAAGGUGACUUCAGUGAGGAUGCAGGGUUUGCUGCUGAUACUGCUUGCAAAGCAGGUCCACCUGCCUUUCAUCAGAGACAUCCAAAGUACAUACACCCGCACAGGCCUGUUUGGAUACUGGGGAAAUAAAGGUGGUGUGUCUGUGCGUUUCUCAUUCUACGGUCACAUGCUGUGUUUUCUGAACUGUCAUCUGGCAGCUCAUAUGAACUACGUCCUGCAACGAAUGGACGAAUUUGAAUAUAUACUUGACAGACAAGACUUCGAUAUGUACAACACACCACAAGUGCUUGACCACAAGGUAGUUUUCUGUUUUGGUGAUCUGAACUUUCGUAUCGCUGACCAUGGGAUGCACUUUCUCCGCUCCUCAAUCAACAAUGGCCGCUUUAACCUGCUGUGGAACAGAGAUCAGUUGACCAUGAUGAAGAAGAAAGAACCUAUUCUGCAGGAAUUUGAAGAGGGACCAUUGUGCUUUAAACCCACGUAUAAGUUUGACCGUUUCUCUGAGACUUACGAUAUAAGAACACCGAGGACAUGGUUUGGCUUUAUUGGUAAAAAGCGGAAGCCUGCCUGGACGGAUCGUAUCUUGUGGAGGAUAAAACCCAAAGCUACAGAGACUGAGGAUGAGAAUAGGUUGACAUCAUCAUCAGCUGACGAUGAUGAGCAUCCUAUUAAGGUGACGCAGGAAAUGUACACCUGUGAUGUCUCGUAUGGGGUCAGUGACCACAAACCCGUCAUUGCAACCCUCAAUCUGGAGAUGAGAAAAAAUGUGGAGACUCCUCUAGUCACACUAACAGUGGAGGGACACUGGAGUGCAGAUGAAGAUGCCACAUUCACCUACACCAUUCUGGAAAACUUUGAGUCCUCAACCUGGGAUUGGAUCGGAUUGUACAAGAUUGGCUUCAAAAGGGCCUCCGAUUACUCCACCUUUGCUUGGGUCAAAGAUGAUGAAGUGGCUGCCAACGGCGAAGUCGUGACGGUCCAGAUGAGUAAAAAUGAGCUCAACCUGCUGGCAGGGGAUUAUGUUCUUGGCUAUUACAGCACCAACAUGCAAACCCUCGUUGCCUUUAGUCCGACUUUCCAGAUUCUCGAGUCUCGACAAGCUGUAAUGGAGGGUCUGCUUCCUGAGAACAUCAACGGAUAUGAGAAGUAACUGGAUAUCUUCUAACCUCAUAUGUUCACAUAUGUAAAAAUUACAACAGGAUCUGAUUUGAGAUCAUAUUUGCCUGUGUAAACAGACCUUGCUCAGUUUGAUUUUAAAAGUUAAAACUGAUUCCGUGAAACAGUCUGAUAUAAUGAGUGUGAUUUAAAAUCGAAGGCUUUAAAAUGUCCCAAACACUCAGUCUAUUCACUGAACACACUGCAUUACUCUUUUUCAUUCUCUCUUUAUCUGUGGUUCUUCUCAAAUGGUUGAGUCUGUUGUGAGCUUCUGUAAACACACACAUUGUACACACUGCGCUUUUCUACUGUAGUAUGUACCUGUAUCUGCCAUUAAAGGUUUAUAAAGCAAUCACUAACUUUAUUACAGACACAUCCUAACUCAGAAUCUUAUCCCAUCUGUUUAGUAACCAUGGUAAUUUGACUGAGAAUUGAGAAAUAUAACUUUUUUUUGUUUUUUUUUUAAUUUUAGUAAAAAAGAAGACAGGACAUUUCUGUAAUACAGCCCAUGGAAUCUGUGCCUGCUAACUUGAAAGCUCUUUUGAUUUAUGUAGAAACUGACUGCACAAAGAUCUGCACAUUUUUCACACCUUUCAUGUUGUUUUUUUUAAUCAAAUUUGAUACUUAUAAGACUGUAAAACUAACGAGUGUAGAACUCUCAGAAUUUUAAAAUAAGCCUGUAUUUCAUGCCAAAGUCAACACAUAAAUUGUGAAAAAGUACUCACUCAAAAAGCACUUUUACAUUAAGUUUUACAAAACACAAUUAUACAUUUUUAUUUUUAUAUGAUAUAUUAAAUAAAUGAUGUUGCAUUUUGCCUAUUUGAAAGUGAUUACAGUAUCUUACAGUUUUAAUGUACAUGAGUGCUGUGCUUUAUACAGUAUUUCACUAUGUUUUAUAUGUCAGUGCCUGUUUCUAUAUAAUAGUGUGUGGCUUUUCAGUAUCUAUAACAACGGUUCACCAUCUGAUUGUUAAAAUGCCAUUUUGAUUACACUCUCUCACUCUUGUUAGUGCUAAAUUUGUCUUUUAUAUGAGAGAGGCAGUUUAACUUCUUAUUGUCUGCAUUUGUCCAUUGUGACAUGCCAAGUC